AUGGCUCUAAAUGAGCAGCUAAACAAGUUUCAGAAACAGCAAGUGAAAUGCCAAUCUACGCUUUCGGACAUUGCUUCUUCAAGAACCUCGGUUGGGCCUUCGAGGUCGUCCGUGCCUGCAGCAAUCAGUCAGAGGCCUGUUGCAACAGCUCCUGUCAGGUUUUCAAACGAUACCGUACGACUUACGGAGAUUAAUAACAUAAGGAAAUCUCCUGUUGGUUCUCAAAUGAAGCGUGUCAUUCAACUUCUGUUUGAGACAAGACAAGCGUUUACCCCAGAGCAAAUAAACGAAGCGUGUUAUGUUGAUAUGCGUGCUAAUAAGGCUGUUUUUGAUAGUAUGAGGAACAAUUCGAAAGCCUAUUUUGAUGGGAGAAGGUUCUCUUACAAGGCUACGCACGAUGUCAAAGACAAGAUGCAGCUUCUUUCCUUGAUAAAAAAAUAUCCCGAUGGAAUUGCAGUGAGCGAUCUCAAAGACGCUUACCCGAAUGUCUUGGAGGAUUUACAGGCUCUAAAAGCUUCUAAAGCCAUCUGGUUGCUAUAUUCACAAGAGGACAUUGCGUACCCAAAUGAUCUCAAGUGUGAUAUGAAGAUUGAGGACGACUUUAAAGCUCUAUUCCGCAACAAAGACGUCCCGACCGACAUGCUGGAGGUGGAGAAGGAGCUGCUGAAGAUCGGUUUGAAGCCAGCGUCCAACACUGCGGAGAGGAGAGCUGCUGAACAGAUGCUUGGUGUGCCGAGUAAAUCGAAGCAAAAGAAGAAGAAGAAACAAGAGAUCAGCAAGAGAACCAAACUCACCAAUGCCCAUCUUCCCGAGCUAUUCCAGAACCUUAACCCCAGCGGUUCCCAGAACUAA